AUGUUGGAGGUGCCACAGGUGGUUCUGAUGCUAAUAUUACCCUUUUGGACGUACGACCAAAACAAUUUUUCUUUAUCAACCAGUGACGGAGGAAAUAUUUUGGAAUGUUUCAGAAAGUUAGAGGUUAUUCCGGACACAGAUUCUACGGAAAGUUUUAUGCCAUGGAUGAAAGAGUAUCUGGAGUCUACUGGACAUCAUGGAACAGAUGAUGUUGAGGUACCUUUAGAAGCUAGAGGUACUAGACCUAAGAGAACUAAUCCUGUUAAGUUAGAGCUACCAUCACAGAUACAGCAACCAAAGUUACUUACGACGAAACAUGACCCUUCUGCUACACCAACUACCAGCUUACCAACUACUGGCUUACAUCAGGGUUUUUGUUAA